AAUCCAGCGCCAAGAUUACAAUUUUAAAAUGGAACUAACAGUGCACUCUAGUGGCAAACGUCCAAAUUUAAUAUUGCUUAAAAUAAAGACUUGAAUCUUUCAAGUGCUUUUCUACUGGUAACAAACUUCUUCGCGCCAAAUCUUUCAUCUCAACAUACGUGAAUGUAAACACUUAAUACAUGCUGCUAAAUUUUCUAAACGUUAUUUGUACUGAAAUAAAAUGUGCAAAUAUAGAUCUAAUGAAUUGGACGGAUUUACCAAAAGAAAUCAACGAAGAUUUUGUUUCAUACAAAGGAGAUUAUGAUUUUCCGCAGUAUCUAUCUGAUGAAAAAGAGUGGGUCAAUUUCAAACAUAAAAACUUUGAAGAUAAUAUAGAAAUUUUUGAACCCUUCUUAAUAAUGGAAUUGUAUAGAUUUAUACCUUAUUUUGAGGGUAAACAUGUCAAAUUUCAUCCUCUCAAUAUGCCUUAUAUUAAAAUAAGAAAAAUAGAAAUAGUCGGAUUUGUGAUAGAUGUUUCUGAAGAUCCUAAAUAUUAUGAAUAUCAUGUUGAUGAUGGAACAGGAAAUAUUAUUAUUUAUUAUGAGAAAGAAGAUUUCAAAAGAGCUGCAUUGCGAAGAAAGAAAAUUGACAUUAAAUAUAAUAAAAGUGCAAAGAAUAUAGAUAUUAAAUCGUUAAAAACUCAAAAGUGCCCAAAACAUUUACCAAAUCCCCGUCCGAAAUUUGUGUAUUCUCCUGGGACAAGUAUAUCUGAUAUAGCUAUUUUUGAACAUAAUUGGUCACUGGAGACAAAUAAUGGGACAUUGGGUAGAAAACUAAAACGUUGUGCUCAUGUACAUGCAGUAGGUUACUGUACAUUCGAUUUUAUGUACACAAAGAAAUCAAGUGAAGAAAUUACAUGUGAAGAUUUAUUUAAUGCCAAACUAUAUUUUCUUGCAAACAGAAUUACUUGCAUAAGUGAACACAAAUAUAAUAAAAUAUUGCUUUUGUGGAUAAAUACAGUUGUUAGAAGACGAUAUGAUGAAAAUUUAAAUGAAACAGCAUCUUCUUCCAAAACAUAGAAAUAAAAGUAGAUUCUACUAUAUUUUACAGAUAUAAAAUGUGACAAUUCUAUACAAUUGUUAAAUGAUGGAAUAAAACAAUUAUAAUGGUACUAGAUAUAUUACUGAAAAAGCAUUUAUUUAGAACAUUUUGGAUGCAUUAUUCAUGUGUUAAAUAUUAUAUAUCGAAUUAAAAAUUUUUUAUUGUUAAUUAAAUUGAAAAUUCACACACAAUGAAAGGUUACAUGGCAAUGUCUUUUUUCAAUAAAUGCACAUUUGAUUGUUUCA